AUGCCUCGACCAAGUGCAUACUAUCAGAUUACUGAAAUUACCAAUUAUCUGUAUUUGUCCGGUGUACCGGCUGUUACGGCUGAUAAAUUAAAACGAAAGCGUAUCACCUGUAUUAUUAAUGCAACUAUUGAACAACCAAAUAUGUACAUUCCAGGUGUCGAGUGUGUAAAAGUAGCUAUUGAAGAUAACGUUCUUGCUCGGAUCGACCAGUACUUUGAUACGGUUGCUGAUAAGAUUAAAAGCAUAAAGGAGCGCGGAGGUCGAGUUCUAGUGCACUGUGUUGCUGGUGUUUCCAGAUCGGCGUCGUUGUGCAUAAUCUAUUUGGUGAAACAUGAAAAUAUGUCCCUUCGUCAAGCUUACUAUUGCGUAAAGGCUGUAAGACCGAUAAUUAAGCCUAAUAUCGGAUUUUGGAGACAAAUGGUAGACUAUGAGAGGAAAUACCGAGGCUCGUCAUCUGUAUCAAUGGUACAGAUAUCUGGUCGAGAUCUUGUUAUACCCGAUGUGUACUGCUCAGAUCUCAAAAAGAGCUCUGUCCCACUGUUUCGCUCGCCUCGAUUACAUUAUAUCAGUACCCCAACUUCGUCGCUCAAUCAAGAGUUCAUUCUUUCUGAAGAUUCAUAA